GCUGCCCGAGACAGCGGUUUACCCCAGAAGCUUAUUUUUGUAAAUACUUUUGCCACGCAACCAAAUUUGUAAUUAUUUUCUUCGGGAAGCUUAGUUUCCUAAAACGUCCUAUCUUUCCCAUACUCUCCCACAGUCCCAUUUCACCUUUCUUGUCCUAAAACCCUUAAACCCUCGUCAAAUCCCAAAAUCAACUCCCAAUUUCAGCCAUGGAAACCCCAAAUCAAGCUCAUCUUCAAGAACAACAAUCAUCCUUGCUUCCCAUUGACAUAAUCACUCAAAUUCUGCUGUAUCUCCCUCCAAAACCUCUUGCUCGCUUCAAAUCUGUCUCAAAAUCCUUUCUUUCUUUAAUCAACGAUCCAAAAUUCAUCCUCAAUAACAUCAAGCAAUCCCUCUCUUCCUCCUCCAAUCUCUCUCUUGCUUCUCUUUCUCAACCAAAACCCCAUAAUCAUCUCCAUAUCCUGCACCUUCAUGCACCAGAUUCCUCCACCCCACCUUCAAUUUCCAACCUUUCUCUUCCAUUUCACCCUAAAACCCAUGAUUCUGACCUUAUUGGGUCCUGCAAUGGCAUUCUCUGCAUUUCUGAUUUCCCUGAUUUUCUGGGUCUUUUCAAUCCUACCACUAGAACUUUCCAGAAGAUUCCACUGGGUUCUUUGGGGGUUCAAGAGUUCAGGGAGUCUCAUUGGGUUGAUUUCGGAUUCGGGUUCGACGAAAUUGGCAAUGAUUACAAGAUUGUUAGGGUGGAUCAGCUGCAUAAUGUCAACCAAGAUGAGGGUUUAGCUCCUAGGGAAGUUCAGGUGUUUAGUUUGAAGGCAAAUUUGUGGAAGAAAGUUGAGAACUUUCCUCAUUUUCUCUCUCAUCCUAAGUCCCAUGGUAAUUUCCUCUGUAAUUCUUUGCAUUGGAUUGCUACUACUUCUGAUCCUGUUGUGUUUGAUUUAACUGGUGUUUUAUGGCGUGGGCAAUUGGAUGAUUUUGUUUAUGAUUAUGUAAUUGUUGCAUUUGAUCUUAAUUUAGAGAAAUUUAGGGUCUUACCUUUGCCUGAUUAUGAGGAGGGGAAGAAGUUGAAGGUCCCUCGUUUGUCUGCUGGGGUUUUAGGGGAAUGCUUGUUUGUACAGGUUGAACAUGGGGCCCGCUUUAAGCGUUGUGUUGAUGUUUGGGUGAUGAAUGAAUAUGGGGUGAAAGAUUCUUGGACUAAGCUGUUGACUUUUCGACAUGAGGAGAUUCGGGGUGAGUUGUUGCCGGUUAAGACCUUGAUGAUGUCGAAAGGGGGUGAUGAGGUUUUGAUGCAGCAAGGGAAGGAUUGUUUUUGGGUGGAAUUGAAAACUGGAAAAACUAGGGAUGUUCCAAUGGACAGUGGUUUGCCUUUUAAGUUUGAGUUAGUUUGUGGGCAUAAGUAUACUUUUGGGGCGGUGACUUACGUGGAGAUCCUUGUCUGUCUUGGCUGCCGUGAUGGAUGCGUAGAGAGUGAGCAGGCUAGCAAUGGUGGUAAGCAAGAUGAUGGAGGUCGUUGGGGUGAUUGGCUGAUUGCUGGGAAUUGCUGCUGUGCUGAAGCCAAGAACUGAGGAGUGGAUUGUAGCAGCCUUGAAUUCGUCUACUCUCACCUUUGUGAAAGAAGCAAUAGGCAAACAGCAACAAAAAGCCUGUGUGGUGUUCAACACGGUGCUGUUUGUUAUGUUGGUAGCACUAAUUCAUAUCAAACCUGCUCUAUAGCAAUCUGUGACAUAUCUAGUGGAAUAUCAGACUUGCAUUAUGUUAAGCUAUUAAUAUGCUGAGUUUAUGUUUAUGACAGGGAGCAUAUAGAUUAAUUUUAUGUUUGUAGUCAUGUAAUGCGAUCAUAUCUACCACUUAUUAAGCUAUUGAGGAUUCAUUUAGCUGCUAAAUGAAAAGAAAUUUAAAUUGAUCUGAAGCGUUUUCUUGUUUUAUAACUUUACUCCUUUUCAGUCAAGAAAUUCUCAAUUACUCAUAUACUAUGCAAUUAUGCAUCUUGUUAUUAUAUAUAUUGUCCUUUGUUGGAAUAAAAGCUCAUUCCCUAGGAGUACCUAUUCAUUACUUUGUUGAAGGACCAAAUGAACUCAACUUAGCUAGUCUUUUUUAGGGUUCAAUGUCAUGCCAUAUAAAUGCCUAGGAUUGCAUACAUCUGCAAAACCAAUACAGUAACUUUUCUUAUUUUACAUACAAAUAUACAUUGAUUUAUUAUCUGAGAGUACUUAUUCAAGGGUUUAUCUAACAUCUUUGCCUGAAAAACUCAGUUUUGGCUUACAAUAGUAACCCAUAUGAUAUAUAACUAAAGAAGGAAAGGGUUAGGGUAGGAAGAAUAACAAGAGCUUUUUCUUCGAAUUUGUCAGGUGCUGAAGGUCUGAAACCAAGAGGUGAUGAACAAAAUUCCAAUCCUAUUAUUUUUUUGUCGGUUGAUUUGGUUUAUAUACCCAAUAUACUGGACUGCAACUUAUUACAUUGAACUGAUAGUAUCAGACUUGCUUUAUGUUUUUCUAUUAGCAUGUUGUAGCUAAAUAUGUUCAAUGAAACCUACAUGACUAUAAAGAUAUGAGGAAAUCAUUCCUGCACUUUGUGAAGUAAUCAAGGAUUUAUUUUAAUUGCCUAUAGUUAUUUGUUGACAGAGCCAAUGAACUCAAGUUUGUUGAUUCUUUUCAGGGUGAACUGCCUUAAAAAUAAUGUUUGAAACAAUUUAGUGCAAUGGCGUCUAUAUUAAUUAUUCACUACUGACCUACUAUGGUUUGACAUGUUAACCUUAGAUUCAUUUAGUGCUCUUUUGUAGCAGAAUAAUCAAUCAUCCAGGAAAAAAGUUGUAUUUAUAUAUCUGUAAUGAGUAGACUCAGCAGGAGUGCUAGUGAAGACCUAUGUUCUUGAAAAACUUCUGACUAUUGCAUUCCACACACAUGCAAUUUUGUUGGAGUUUGCUGUGUUUUAUAAGUUUUUUCCUUAAUGGCAAUUGGAGGUCCUUGGGGUGCUAUCGAUGGUGAUUGGUGAGUGUCCAUCACUUGAUGGUUUGUCAUUAGUAUGUACUUUGGAUGAUUAUCAGUUUUUGUGUAUGUAUUGGCCAAUGAGAAUAGCAUUGAAAAGACUGAUAGAUCAGAGGAAAUUGAUGAGCCUGAAAAAGUGAUUGUAGAAGGUUAAUAAAUGUUUGAAGAAGUUUUGGUUGAUAAAGAUAACUAGGAGAAACAUCCAGAGAAGACAAGGAAGAUAUGCAGGGUGCAAGCCCUCAGAAAGACUCAUCCAAGGAGGAAAGAUUGAUGAUACUGAGCAGAAUUAGAAAUGGGCUGUUGAGCAAGGUACAGCCAUGCACAGGAAAUCAAACUGCAGAAGAUAGCUCCAAUUAUGUUGAGAAGACUAGUGGUGAAGCAGAGGCAAGCAAACCAUAGGAAGUAAGAGUUGAAGGUCUGAGGAGAAAAAGAAAAACAAAACACUUCAGCCGAAAUAGCAGCAGUGGGCCAAGAAUCACUUUAAGUGCCGUACCGGAACUUUCUUAUAGACGAGUCUCCUCGUAUUAGUUCCUCAUACAGAGUAUCUUGUUUGCUGAUGAUUCUUGUUAGGCUCUUCAAUCAAAAUCGAGUUGGCUACCUCAGGGAGUAAGGUCUGAGAUUUGCUUGUUCAUUGCCUCGACUAAUUUCUCUCCCACCGGGACUUCAAGGUUUGAACAUGCCUUUGCUGGUGCAUAUAAUUAAGUAUCUUGUUGAGUUUAUGAUGAAAUGGUAAAAGGGACUUGUGCUGGUUGCUCUAUUGGAAAGCAAUACAAGACGAGAUGAAUGCUUGUGGUAUGAGAGAAGCUAGUGAGAAUGUCUCCUUACAUUUGUAUUGACAAGUGAUUGCUGCUCUGAAGUAGGCUUCUCUGCAGCUGUACGGAUUAUACCACCCCAGCAUAUGCAUGUUCUUGCCCACAUCUGAUUGUAAUCCACAUCAAGGCUUCGGAACACAUGUUCCUCUUGCUGCAUGACUUUGUCAACGAUUAAGGCACAACUACAUGAUGGUCGCAGGAAUUGGUUGGAAUCCCUCAACUAGAACCUGGUACCCCAUCAAUGUCCACUCCUCCAAUUGACAAGAAAGAGUGAUUUUGGCUUCACGGGUUCAAGGUUGGGUCUGUGUCAUCUCAAAUCAAGUUUUCGUACCCAGCCUUAAAGCUAUGAAGCCCUUGUAAUUUCCCUCAAGUAACUCCAUGGUAUAUUUGAGUGCUUUGUUUUGGAUAAAUUUGUGUGCACGUUGUGCGUGUGUUAUAUUUCUAUCUUUUAUA